ACAAACUUAGAUCUCCGCCAAGCCAUCCUCCAACAGUUACGUGAGCAGGUAAACUUGUAUGUACUACACAUCCAUCCACAAAAACUCAUAAUAUGAUAAGAACCAUCGGACUCCAGGGUGCAAAGGAGAGUCAGACCAAUAGGUCGUUCGCAUUUCCGGCACGGGCGGAGAGCAUCAUCCUUCUCCUCCUCCUCCUCCUCUUGCUAGGGAAAGAUGGACUCCGAUCCAUCUGGGGCGCGCCGCCCUCUUCUUCCGGCACCGCUCGGACGGAUCUGACGAUAACGAGAAAGGGAAAAAAAGCAAUUGAGCAUCCAUCCUCUGAGGCACAGGUUGCAUCGUGGACCCAUUCCUUCGUCUCCGUACGAUCGGCCUGGCGAUAGCGACCGAUCCUGAGCCCCGAAAGAUAGACCAACCGUCACCGCCACCGCGGAGGGGGACUUGAUUCACUCUGCUGAGACCCUCUUGGCAAUAUCUG